AUGGAUCCAUCAUCUGGAAUGCAUAUGCCCUCAAACAGUGAGGUGGUCCAUGUGGCUGUUGGAAAUCCCAUCAUAACAAUGUAUCAGACUCCCCCUCAGGCUCAAAACAUUGCACAGAUCAUUACACAGCACAUCAUACCACAAGAUGUUAUCUGUCAGACUGUACCCCAUACUGUUCCAUCACAAAUUCAGAUAUCAUCCCAAGCACAAUCUCCAAUGCAUAACCAUGGUCACAGGGCUCAGUCACACAGUCUUGCUGUCUCACAGCCUCAGAGCCACAGCCAAAUACAAAGUCAUGUACAGUCACAAUGUCACAUGCAGCCUCACAGCCAUGUGCAGCCUCACAGCCACGGUCAAGCACAAAGCCAUGGACCACCACAAGUCCAUGGUCUAACACAAGGGCAAUCACAGAGUGAGAGUGCAGUUGCCUCUCAGGAUGGAUCCAGGUCAUCAAUGCAGUUGCCCUUUGCAGAGGUGGCCUCCCUGCUGGAUCCUAAUAUGAAGAGCUCAAAGGCUCGAAAGUACCAAAUCCAUUAUGAUGAAGUAAAACGAAGACUGGAGCCACCUGAGAAGAUGUCUCUCAGAUCUUUAGCUGCCUACACCAGAGUUAGUCGGGGUCCAGCCAGUAAGAAAAUGCUUUUGGAAUCACUGAAUGUCUUUGGCCUGUCACCAAGUACCAACACAGCAGUGUCCAGCACUUUCUCCAAGCUUACAGAAGGUGACACAGCAGCUCUGAGCAAAGACAUGAAGGAUUUUGCCUUACAGUACAUCGAUUAUGAAAACAUGGCAAAACAGUUACUGCCAGAGACCAACCAGGUGCAGCACUGGUCAAAAAUAAUUGAGACAAGAAAUUAUCUGGAAGAGAUGCGGAAAGUAUUCAAAGACCCAGGUAACAGCCGUUUGUUUUCUAACGUCACACACGGCCUUGGCAACGGUAUGAUGGACGUGGCUCUCGACAUUAUUGAUACAGUCAUUGACCGGCAGAUCCGGAUUCUCUCAGGUAACACAGACCCUAAACCUGAACCGCCUGUCAGAGGGAACCGAAAACGCACACGUAAACCCAAGACUAUGACAGAGGAUGGGAAGCCCACAGAAAAAGGGAAACGAGGCAGGAAAAAGGUCAAACAGAUGCAAUUAGAUCCCAGUGUUCCACAGGUUCCACCAGUUGCACAAUCUACAGAUAUGGAGAGCAGCGUCCUGACUCUGGUAUCUGUAGGAUAUGAGACCAUAUCAAGCGGGCUAAAUUCUACUGGUGCUGGCCUGUCGUAGUGAAAAGUUUUCUUUUGGGUUUUUUAAUAUGGUUUCAU